CAACUCAAAGAAGCCCUCCAAGUAAACAAGGGGAUAUCACAUCUCUAGGGUUUCAAAUUAAUUAACAUGGCUUCUCCCAAAACCACAACCUCGAUUGCUUUGUUCUUCUGCCUUAACAUUCUCUUCUUUUCCCUUGUCACUGCUUGUGGCUCAUGUUCUCACCCUAUCACAAGGCCAAAACCAAACCCAGGUUCUGGGGGUCAUCCUGGUUAUGGUGGAGGCCCUGGUUCCGGUGGUAGUCCAGGCUCUGGUGGUAGCCCCGGUUCCGGUGGUAGUCCUGGCUCCGGUGGAAGCCCCGGUUCCGGUGGUAGUCCUGGCUCCGGCGGAAGUCCAGGUUCUGGUGGUAGUCCUGGCUCCGGUGGAAGCCCUGGUUCUGGUGGUAGUCCUGGCUCUGGUGGAAAUCCUGGUCCCGGUUCAGGUGGUAAUAGUUCAACGGGCGGAGGUACUUGCCCAAGAGAUGCUCUCAAGAUAGGUGUAUGUGCUAGAGUGCUUAGCAUAGUAAAUGUAACUCUUGGUACGCCACCUGUUACUCCAUGUUGCUCUUUGAUUCAAGGGCUAGCUGAUCUUGAAGCUGCUAUUUGUCUUUGCACUGCAAUAAGAGCAAAUAUUCUAGGCCUUAAUAUAAGCCUCCCAAUUAAUCUCAGCUUGCUACUUAACGUUUGCAGCAGAAACACUCCUCGUGAAUUCCAAUGUCCCUAAAGUUGCUCCUAAUUAGAAAUCUCAAAGGGAAAAAAUGGAAGUUUACUUCUCACAUUAUGCAUGUCUUUGGUUUGCUUGUUUUGAAAUUAAAAGUCGUAGUGUAUUUGCUUUGCAUGCUUUUUCCUUUGUAUUAAUAAUGUGUCUCCAUAUGUAAUUUGAGUCUUCUUUUAACUUAUAAUAAUUAAUCAAAUAUAUUAUGCUUUCGAAAAUAA